AUCAGGGAGAGAAGAAAGCCUCAAUGAAAUUUAUGUUUAUCCAUCCUCGUUGAGAUUUUGCAGAAGGAUUUAAGGGAUUUGGGUGCGUGAAGAGGGGCACGUUCAGGAGAAGCCAAUUCGAUUUGCAGCAGUUGGGAGGAGAAAAUCCCGUAGGGCCUGAGCAGCAGGGCUUGGCCUUCUUCCAAAAUUUUUUUGGAGGCAGGGUAAGGCCUGUGCCUAACCCUGCUCAAACAUAGCUCAAACGCCACUCUUCUCCCGUUCCCUAAAACCCUAAAAAUCUAAAUAGCUAAACUGAACCGAAAAGUUUCUUAAUUCCUCCGCUCAAAUUCGAUCCUAUUCCCUGUAAUUCAUUCAUAGUUCUCCUUCGAUCUCCCGAUAAUGGUUUUCUGCUUUAAUUGCGCAAAAAAUGUUACCGGAGACCGCCCCUUCGACGGUCAUUUAUGCUGUAAUCAAUGCGGGAAGGUGUUGGAAGAUUUUAACUUUUCGGAAGAGUCCCAAUACUAUAAAGAUGCAGCUGGCUUUAGCAGGUUGGCUGGUAAUCGUGUCAACUGUAUAAGGAAUGAACUUCUUUCUCGCCAAAACACGUUGGAAAGAGCUCGUGAAAUUUUGACAAGAAUAUUUAAUGCACUGAAUAUUGAUGAAUACAGCCAGGAUGUUGUCAACACUGCUGAAAGGUUUUAUGAAAUUUUACUUGAUCGGAAUAAAACAAGGGGGCGUAAGUUGGAGCAUGUACUGGCUUCUUGUCUUUACCUUGCAUGUCGGGAAAAAAACAAGCCAUUCCUUCUGAUAGAUUUUUCAAAUCACUUGAGUGUGAAUGUUUACGAGAUUGGUGCUGUAUAUUUGCAACUUUGUCAUGAACUUUACCUGGCAGACAAUGGAAAUAUUCAAAAACUAGUUGAUCCUUCGAUAUUUAUCCAUAAAUUUACAAAUGCUCUGCUACCAGAAGGGAACUCUGAAGUUGUUAAAACUGCACGGGACAUUAUAGCUAGCAUGAAAAGAGAUUGGAUGCAGACAGGGAGGAAGCCAAGUGGAUUGUGCGGUGCUGCACUGUAUAUAUCUGCACUUUCACAUGGUCUCAAGUGCUCCAAGUCAGAUAUAAUGAGGAUUGUGCAUAUUUGUGAAGCAACAUUGACAAAGAGGUUGAUUGAAUUUGAGAAUACAGACGCCGGGAGCUUAACGAUUGAAGAGUUUAUGGAAAAGGAGAAAGAUCUUCAAGCAAGCUCUUCCAUGAAACAAGCAAAUACUGUGUCCAGCAAGAAUGAGGUGCUUUGUCAACAUAGGGAACAGAAGCCUGUUGCCUAUGGACUUUGUCCAGAAUGUUAUGAUGAUUUCAUGAAAGUUUCAGGAGGACUUGAGGGAGGAUUUGACCCUCCUGCUUUCCAGCGUGCUGAGAAAGAGAGAUUAGCAGAAUCAUCCACAGAGGAAAAUGCUAAUGAAGUAUCGAGAAGCCAAUUCUUGAGCAAACAAGAAAAAGCUAAAGGUUUUGAUGCCACAACUAAGCAAGCAGCCUUUCAUGAGGUUACCAAUGAUGAAUUGCCUGGGAUUGAUUCUAGUGCUAAAGUUCAUGAUGAAUCAGACAACUUUGAUGACAUAGAUGAUCUUGAGGUUGAUGGGUAUCUUCACAAUGAGGAGGAGAAGCAUUACAAAAAGAUAAUUUGGGAAGAAAUGAAUAGAGAAUAUCUUGAGGAACAAGCAGCCAAGGAAGCAGCUGCAGCAGCAGCAGCAGCAGCAGCAGCCAACAAAGCACAUAUGGCCAACAACAAUAGUUGUCCAGAGGGAUUGCAUAAGGCAAAGGAUCUUGCUGCAGCUGUUGCAGCUGCUGUGGCAAAAUCUAAAAAGGAAAAGCAACAGAAACGAGCUGCUGAAGCAAAGAACUGUGCCCCAGCUCAGACUCCUGCUCAAGCAACUCUAAGAAUGCUGACUAGAAAGAGACUCAGCUCAAAAAUCAACCAAGAUGCUUUGGAGAAAUUGUUUAAUGAAUCUGAAGCUGCAGAGGAAUCCAAGAAGCAGCGAACUGAAAUGCAUUCUGAUAUGGACAAUCAGGAUACUGAAGGUAAACACCAAACUGAUAACCCAGGACCUGAAGAUGGCUACAACAACAAUGAUGGGGAAUAUGAGACAUUCGGCAAUGACGUUGAUUUUGCCAACACGGAUGAAGCUUAUGAUUACAACGACAAUGAUUAUGGUUAUGAUGGAUUCUGAUUUUUAUGGAUUACCUUUUUAUCUUAAUGGUUUCAGUGACCUCCAUUGCCUGUUUGGUUCUUCCUUAUUAGAAAGAUCAAUGUUAGUAGUUUUCAAGUGGAGUAUGUUGUUGUUACU